AAUAGUUAGAGGGGAGGCGCGAAACCGUUAGUGAUUGUGGAGGACGCGGUUCAUUCCCUUUACAACUUGCAUUUUUAUUUCUUUCCCAUUUUCCAUUAAACCCUAACCCCAUGAACUCCGAUUGUCUCUCUGUUUUGUCUGUAUAUUAAAUCGACAAAUCCAACGCCUGAAGUUUAUGAAAUAGCAGUGCGAGCUCAUUUUGACCGAUCGAUUUGAUCGAUCGGGUUUUUAGUUUCUUUCUAUUGCUUUUGUUUACAAUAAAUAAUAGUAGAACCUUAGGAAGAUGUCGAAGUUGUAUGGAGGGGAUUUCAAUCAGAAGAUAGAUUACGUGUUCAAGGUGGUGCUGAUCGGGGAUUCUGCGGUUGGGAAAUCGCAGCUAUUGGCCCGGUUUUCGAGGAAUGAGUUUAGUCUUGAUUCUAAGGCCACCAUCGGUGUUGAAUUCCAGACAAGGACCUUAGAUAUCGAUCAUAAGACUGUUAAGGCUCAGAUUUGGGACACUGCUGGUCAAGAAAGAUAUAGGGCAGUAACAAGUGCAUACUACCGAGGUGCUGUUGGAGCAAUGCUGGUCUAUGACAUCACCAAACGUCAAUCUUUUGAUCAUGUUGCUAGGUGGUUGGAGGAACUGCGGGGCCAUGCUGAUAAGAACAUUGUCAUCAUGCUUGUAGGCAACAAGACUGACCUGGGUAGUCUUCGCGCUGUACCUACUGAGGACGCCAAAGAGUUUGCUGAGAAGGAGAACCUAUUCUUUAUUGAAACAUCGGCCCUAGAAGCAACAAAUGUUGAGACAGCAUUUGUUAAUGUCUUGACGGAGAUAUAUAGGGUUGUGAGCAAGAAAUCCCUUGUUGCCAAUGAGGCAGAAUCAGCUGGGAGUUCAGCACUCCUCAGGGGAAAGGAAAUUGUUGUUCCUGGCCAAGAACCUGUACCAAGUGGGAGCUCAUACAGCUGUUGCAGAUCUUCAUAGGAUUGAUCUUUUCCAGAGGUUUAUAUGUGGGUAUUAUCAGGUAAUAAGUUUUUUUGGUCACUUGUAGCUCUCAACGGCUUCCACUUCUUGAUGUCUGGUUCCCUUCUUUCUGUGACAUUUAUACUUUUCCUUCCCGGUACUGAUGAGCAAGAGAGAUGUCAUGAUCCCUGAGGUGCAAUGCUAUUGCUACAGUAGAAUUAGAUUGUUUUCAUUCUUCUUGUAGGUUUUCACAAGCUUACAAGUAUGGCAUUGUCUUCUGAGGGGAUUUAAGUUUGAUGUGUUCCAUUGUAUCAUAAUCACGUAAGAUUGUUUUCUUUCUUGCUUUUACUUCCUGAUACCUGAAAUUGUAACUUGCAGCAAUUGAAAACGAACCAAAAACAUUACAUACUGAUCAAUUAAAGUACACACGUCAUUUCACUUUC